AUGACGCCCCCCGUCGAUAUUCAUACAGUGACUUCAAGAACGGUCUCUCAUAGCUGGGACCCGAACAAUUUGUCGACCUCCCCAACGGCCACUUUCCAAUCUCCGCCGUCUAGCUGGGGAGGGGCAUUAGCUCAUCGCGGCGCACCGAAACAGCUCAAACCUUUCAAUACACAGGAUAUUAAAAUUCUCCUUUUAGAAAAUGUCAACACUACGGGACAAGAGAUUCUUCGAGGACAGGGCUAUCAAGUCGAGGCGCUCAGAACUUCUCUUCCUGAGGAUCAAUUGAUUGCAAAAAUUCGCGAUGUGCAUGUUAUCGGUAUCAGGUCCAAGACGAAAUUGAACGAGCGCGUGCUGAGAGAAGCCAAAAAUCUUCUGGUCAUUGGCUGCUUCUGCAUCGGGACGAAUCAGGUCGAUCUUGAAUACGCUGCUCGCCACGGCAUCGCAGUCUUCAACUCACCUUUUGCCAACUCUCGUAGCGUUGCGGAACUCGUUGUUGCGGAGAUCAUCACCCUUGCACGUCAGCUGGGCGAUCGCUCCUCUGAGAUGCAUCGUGGAACGUGGAACAAGGUUAGCGCUAAGUGCUGGGAGAUUCGAGGCAAGACCCUAGGUAUCGUCGGAUACGGUCAUAUUGGUUCACAGCUUUCGGUUCUCGCGGAGGCCAUGGGCAUGAAUGUGAUCUACUAUGAUGUGAUUACCCUGAUGGCGCUCGGUACUUCCCGCCAAGUUCCAGCUCUAGACAACCUUCUGGAAGAGGCAGAUUUUGUCACACUCCACGUGCCCGAUCUUCCGGAGACUCGAGGGAUGAUUUCAACGGCUCAAUUCGAAAGGAUGAAGAACGGAUCUUAUCUCAUCAACGCCAGUAGAGGCACUGUUGUGGACAUCCCGGCUCUGGUGAAAGCAAUGCGAUCUGGACAGGUUGCAGGAGCUGCCCUUGAUGUGUAUCCCAACGAGCCGGCUGCCAAUGGUGACUAUUUCAAUAACAACCUGAAUCAUUGGGCAGAAGAUCUCCGAUCUCUGAAUAACAUUAUACUUACUCCCCACAUUGGCGGUAGCACAGAGGAGGCACAGCGUGCAAUUGGUAUCGAAGUCGCGGACGCUCUUGUUCGUUACAUCAACCAGGGCAUAACACUCGGAAGCGUGAACUUACCUGAGGCCCAAUUGAGAUCUUUGACGCUGGACGAACCAAAUCAUGCCAGGGUCAUUUACAUUCACCGCAAUGUCCCUGGUGUGCUUCGCAAAGUUAACGAAAUCCUCGGCGACCACAAUGUUGAUAAGCAAAUCAGCGAUAGCAAAGGCGACGUUGCCUACUUGAUGGCGGAUAUCAGCAAUGUUCGCUACGAGGAAAUCAAGGAUAUAACUGAAAGCCUAGAAGCACUGAGCUCAUGUAUUAUGACGCGGGUGUUAUAUUAG